AUGUAUAGUCGAAGAGAUCUCAAAGAAUUUGAAAAUCAAAGUAUUUCUGCAAAUAGAGAUCGUAGUCCAGUUAGUGACAAUAGAUAUACUGCCACCAACACUACUAACUAUACCACCACCGCCACUACCGCUGCUGUUGAUGAUGUGAUUGUUGAUUUUUUUCAUUCCAAAUUGAAGUAG